AGUGUCCCGUCGCGCUGCAGCCGAGGAGAACGCGGACCAGACCCCGACGCAGAAGCCGCUUCGUCUACGCAGACACCGGCAACCCAUUCGGCUUCACCUCACGAGAGCAUGCCGCCCACGCAGGAGACGUCUCCGUCGCCGCCGCUGGAGCAGAGCCUCAAGGCCAGCGUGAAGCUCUCGCGCUGCGACCUGCAGUACCUCCAGGAGUGGCUCACGAAGCAGCCGCACUUGCCUCCCUUGACAGAGACGGAGCUGGUUCCCUUUUUGCACAGUAACGAUUACAGCCUGGAGAAAACAAAGACGUGCAUUGACAAGUACUUCACAAUGCGUACGCACGCUCCAGAAUUCUUUCAGUCUUUCGAUAUCAACAAACAAAUAUGUAAAGAUCAACUUAGUCUUCAUCAUUACGUCCUGCUCCCGAAGAGAGAUUCACAAGGCAACCGUAUCAUCUGUUCGGCGUUCUACAACAAGGACGCUACGCUCUUCGACUUCGAUGCGACCACCGCCGUGGUUUACGCGUAUCUGGAUGUGAUCAUCAGAGAGGAACCCACUUGCCCUGGAUAUGUGUUUGUUCUCAACUCGGGAAACACUACUUUUGCACACGUGUCCAAAACCAACGUAUCGUCCUUGUGCAAAAGUUUGACCUAUUUCCAGCAAGCUCUACCACUGAAAAUGAAGGCCAUCCAUGUGAUAAACGUCAACGCCGUUGCCGAGGCCUGCUACGCCCUCGCUAAAUCAUUUAUUGGAGAAGAAUUGCAACAAAUGUUACAAUUUCAUUCAGGCAAAAUGGAGAAAUUCUAUGAAGCCAUUCCAAAGGACUCUCUUCCAACGGAGUUUGGCGGCACUCUAGGAAGUCUGGCGGAGUUUCAUGAAACGAUGGCCGAUAAAUUGAAAGAGAGGAACGAAUGGCUUCAACAACUUUCUCAGAAAACUGUACAAGAUAAUAAAAGACCUGGCGACGCCAAAAGUGCAGGGGAUGUUUUUGGCUUGGAGGAUAAUAAUCCUGUAUGUAAUUGUAUUAUAUUUUUGUAUAUUAAUGAAGGUGGAAGUGUCAACAAACAAAAGAAAAAUAAAUAA